UCCGAGAGCUGCGGGAAGCCGGCGCUGGGCGCGCGCAUCCGCGCUAAGAACUCGCUCCCCCCUCUCCCGGAGGAGACCCAGGGGAUCGAUCCGGGGGCGUCCUCGGAGCGGAGGCAGAGGGCCACCACCGCGCCACUCUGCUCGCGUUCGCCCCGCGCCGGCCGUCACUGCCGAAGGGGCCGCCAGCGGCGCUCAUCCCUGUCGCUAGCGCCGAACCGGCGUUCGGAGGGGCGGCGGCGGAGCCCGGCUGGAGCGGGUGAGCCCGAGGCUGGCACCCCGGGGGCAACAGCGAGGCCAAACUGCCAAGAUGUGAAAGUAAAGAAAGGACAUAUAAAAUAACAAAAAUGCUUUUGAGCCAGAAUGUCUCAGCGAUUGGACCACUUAGUUUGUAUCCCAUGGUGCAUAUCAGCCUCGUGUUUGGCAUUUCGUAUGUUUUGCCCGAUUUUUCCGAUAAAUCUUGCACUUUAAAUGUGACGUUACGAAAUUUCCGGUCAAUCUUAUCGUGGGAAUUAAAAAACCAUUCAGUGGUACCAACUCACUAUACAUUAUGGUACACCAUCACGAGUAAACAAGAAGAUAUGAAGAUCGUUGGGGACUGUACAAAUAUCACAAGAUCAUUCUGUGACCUAACAGAUGUGUGGGUAAACCUGCCAGAGAUGUACAUCCCCAAAGUGGUUGGAUUCCGAGGGAACAGAGCUCUGGUCAGUUGUAUGGGCUCUUUCUUCCUGACAACAGACGCACUGUAUUUGGACCCACCAGAGUUUGAGAUUGUUGAUUUUACGGACCACAUCAAUGUGACUGUGAAAUUUCAGUCUGUCCCUCUGAAGAUGCUAAAUGCGGAAGAAUUACAAUUUUACUUAGAAUUUAUCGAAGAACAAUCAGGGGGGAUUGUUAAGAAGCAUAAACCCAAAAUAAAUGGAAACAUCACUGAAAAUUUCAAUUAUGUCAUCGACAAGUUAAUUCCAAACACAAACUACUGUGUAUCUGUUUAUUUUGAACCGAAAGAGCCAAGAAAAAUAAAUAGGUCUCCCUUAAAAUGUGCCCUCUUUAAACUUGGACGGGAAUCAGAGUUAUCAGAAUCUGCCACCAUAGGAGGAGUAGUUACUCUGUUUUUAAUAACUGUUGCCUUCAUAAGCACCCUGGUGAUGCUGAAACGGAUUGGUUACAUAUGCUUAAGAAGUAAUUUCCCGAAAGUUUUGAAUUUUUAUAAAUGGUCAGUCUGGGUAUUUCCCGGGCUGCCUCCACUGGAAAAAGUGGCUGCCGUGGAGGUCAUUCACAUCAACAGAAAGAAGAAAGUGUGGAAUUAUGAUUAUGAUGAUGAAAGUGACAGCGAUAAGGAAGCAGCGCCCCAAGAAAGCGAAGGUGGUUACACCAAGCACGGACUAACGGGCAGGCUGUGUCCCACCUCCACGUCCUUGGCCACCUUGGAGGACUGCAGUGACCCAGCCGCUGAGGCGCCUGACCUGCCCGAGCCUGAGGCUGACCCUGAGGCCCCAACGGCACCAGGGCCAGGCCCCUGGCAGUCGGAAUGCACAAGUGGGGACUACCAGGGGAGAGGGAACCUGCUGCAGGACCCCGUUUCCAAGGAGGAGAGUAGCUCCACGGAGGAGUCUGGGGACAGAAUUCUCUUCAAUGUGGAUCUGAAUUCUGUGUGCAUCAGGGCCCUGGAGGACGACGACGACUCAGAAGUCCCUCGGAUGUUACCAUCUCAUCCAGAAGAGACAGUUGUGCUAGAGAACCCCGACGAGGCAGAAUCAAGCCUGCUGGUGGCCAGUGGAGAAGGGACACAGCUGCCCUUCCCUGGCCCCUCUGCAGAGUCCCCGUGGCCUGAAGAUAAUUCUUCUGAUAAAAGUGACAGUUCCGAGUCGGAUGUUGACAUCGGGGAUGGUUAUGUAAUGAGGUGAAUGAAUCUAGGAAUAUUUAAUUCACUUGGACACAUGCUACCUCCAGGACUCUCCCUCCCAGCACCGUCACUUGCUCCUUCGGGUUCUCCCAAGUUUUCUCCGAAGGAAGGUGUAGGAGACUGGUGGCAUCAUCUAUGCAAAUUCCCAGUCUGGGGGAAGGGAAGGUGGGAAACAAAGUACUCUGGUAUUAUUCAGUGCGUUGUUGACCUGUUCAAAGUGAUUUGCCUUGAAGGGAAGAUGCCCUACCCAUUCUCUUUACUGUCAUGGAUGUCUGUUUCUGCCUCAUGUUUCCUUGAGUAAAGAACAAGGUUCCCUUUGGCUUUCAGGGAGUGCUCCAGGGCCCUAUAAGAUUUCUGGGAAAUUAUUAAAUUGGGCCAGAGUGGAGUAGGGAGAGAAAAGGAAGGCAGGGUUUAUAGCAGGAGCAGUCAGCAGUGUUUUCCACAGGCUCCAGGAAAGAGCAGGAAAGCAGCAGAGAAAGAGGAGCGGGCUGCCGGAGAGAAAGGAAGGGCACGCACAAGGAAACAGAAGCACAUGCUCCGGAUUGGGUUGGAGGUAGGCAAGGUCCAGCCGAGUCUUGGGUACCUCCCAGAUGUUAUUCCGUCACCUACGCUCUUGAGAAUUCAACUCACAGCCCCUGGUCCAGCCCUCCUCAGUCUGAUUGAGGAAGACAGACCACAUGUAAAUAACUCUAGUGGGGGGCAGGUAACUAAUACAGGAACAUUUGCAUAAGGGAGAGGGAUAGAAUCUGUGUCAUAUUUUAAGAUUUAAUUUUGUAUAAUGGAG